CAUCUGGGUUUCAAAUCCCAAUCCUUUUCCUCUCUGGUGACCAAGUAAUUGGGGAAUAAAAAAGGACAGGGCUUUAUUAAGCUCGGAACAAUUGUUCUUCACUCUGGCCGCUUCUGCAAAGUCGUGUGCUUCUCGCACCUCGGCGCAGUUCAAUGUUAUUAAGUUUGACACAAUGGUCAGGUUUUCAUGCUUCAACGCUCACAUCCACCGCCAUAGACCUAAGAAAUCUGUUGAAGGAUUUUCAGAACGAGUGAUCAAAGAAGAUGGGUCUAAAUCAAAAGGAUUGAGCUCAAUUAUAUUUGGGAGAAACAUUGCUUCUGUUAGUGAAAACAGCAAGCCAGCUGGCUCUGCUGCUGUUGAGCGUGUCUGGAAAUCUGAGGAAAUUAAGCCCAGUGGUAUUCUUGAGCAUGAUAUUGGGACGCAUCAGAUGCAGCAUCUCAAGAAAAGUCAGUCUCAUGGAAAUGAACUAUACUUGGAUGGGCGAGAUGCCACAGAGAACGGAACAGAGGAUGGAUCAGAUCGAAUUACUUCUCCAAAUUCUCUUGAACAACAGAGUGGUACUCAUGAGGCAGGCAGCAGCAAGCGUAUAGAUGGAAGUCCUAAUCUGUAUCAGCAAGCUCCUCGAGCUUCAGUUUCUGCUUACCAGGGUUCAAGUCAGGCACUCUGUGGGUCUAUUUUCUCGGUUGGAGAUCUUCAUCAUACUGAUAAAGACAGCCGUCAACUCGAUGAUACAUCCUUAUAUGGUGAACAGAUGGACAACUCAAACAGCCAAACACCUCAUGAUUCACCUUUGAUGGUGAGGUCGAAUUCAAUGCCUAAUAUUGCUGACUCUUCAUCAGAGAAGUCUUCACCUUUCAAAUAUUCUUCUCACCACUCUAGAUCCUCUGAUGACCUUCAUGAUCGCGGCAUGCACCAAACAGAUAAAUCUGUCCAUGAGACUGAUGACGAGGUGAAGCAAGAGCAAGAUCAAGAUCGGGACUAUGAUAUGCAUAAUUCUGGAGAUAACAACAAGGAAAAUCUCGUGGAGGAUGGAUAUGAUGAUGCAUAUGAUUAUUCUUCUUUGGCAAAAGAUUGGAUCGUACCACCAACAGAUGAGCUUAAAUUAACAAAGUUUCUUGAAAGAGAAACAUCAAACCAGCAAGCAGAAUUUCCAGGAAAGGAUUCUAAAUUCAAGCGUAUUGAGGAUUGGGUCAAUGACCUUCAGCAUGUAAACUUGUCUGAAGAAGCUGAUGAAAUAACAGGGUACGACGAUGAGUUGCCAAGAGAACCCGUCGUGUUGAAUGAGCCAGUAACAGCUUCUGCUAAAGUGGAUGCCAUCAAGUUAACUCCUGGAAUGGAAGCUGCGAAAAAGUAUAUAUCCUCUCUAAGUGCUUCGGCAACCACAGCCCAGCUGGUUAGUCAUGGUCUGGUUGUGAUACCAUUCCUCAGUGCAUUUGUUGGUCUGAGAGCUCUCAAUCUCUCAGGAAAUGCUAUAGUUAGAAUAACCGCUGGUGCUCUUCCUCGAGGACUACAUGCAUUGAAUUUGUCGAAGAACAGCAUCUCCGUGAUUGAGGGCCUACGUGAACUCACUCGGCUUCGAGUAUUAGAUUUGAGUUACAACCGAAUACUGAGACUUGGUCAUGGUCUGGCUUCUUGCUCCUCUCUGAAAGAACUAUACCUAGCUGGGAACAAAAUCAGCGAAAUCGAGGGUCUUCAUCGUCUCUUGAAAUUGACGGUCUUGGAUUUACGCUUCAAUAAGUUUUCAACCACCAAAUGUCUUGGCCAGCUCGCUGCAAAUUACAGUUCUCUUCAGGCUAUAAGCUUGGAAGGUAACCCUGCACAGAAGAAUGUUGGUGAUGAACAACUGAGAAAGUACCUUUUGGGACUUCUUCCAAAUUUGGUAUACUAUAAUAGACAAGGCACUAAAGAUGCUCGGCUCGGGACAAGCACACAUCAGUUGGACCGAGGCCUUAGAUCAGAGCUCAAAAACAGUAGCCGGAAGAGUAGCCAUGGUGCAUCCAGUUCUCACAAACCCGGAUCCUCUGCAGCUCGUAAAGCACCAGCUUUGCAGAAACGGUCUAAGGAGAGAAGCAGCCGUCUUCCACCUGUGGGACACAAAAUAUCUCCAGCUGCUUACGAGAAUUAUCACGUUGCUACUGCUGAUAGAUUGUCUAGUCUGAGAUCUGAGCUCUCUAUGCGAAGAAGUCGAAGUGAAGGAACUCUCGGACCUAUCUGAUCUCUCUCUCCCUUUCGUUGGCUGUGAUUUCCUUUGUGAGGUAACGAUGAAGAUGUGAUAGAUAUAUACUUUCUUCCCUUUAUUCAUCUUCUUCAUCUUUGUGUUUUGUUGUUGUGCAUUACCAUUUACAUCAGAAGCUUUGAUUCUUUUAGCUUCUCAAUAAUGUCUGAAAUUGGAA